CCGGCGUGUACGUCACUUAGCGACUGAGAGCCGCUGAGACAACUAGUGCUUGCUUGCCAGUGGAAGAAGAGUGUGUCGCCUACACUUUCUCUUUGCACUGUCGGUUCGGUCGCCAGUGUUUUCCGAGCUUUCUUCGAGUGUUGUUGCCGCCGUUUAGUGUGGAAAUAGCGAGUGCCGCCGACGUCCGUGGAACCGGCCGUCGCUGAGAAGUUUGUGCCAGUGAGAAAAGUGUUUCGUCUUCAGUCUUACAGCGCCAUCGCCGGAGACAAGAUGACCCUCGAGGACGUCGCCAACAAGGAUUCGCCAAUGGCUAACAGAAAGAAGCUGUGCCAGACGGUUCGCUGCAUGCUGCGGCGCGCGCAGGCCGAGAAGCGGCUCGCGUGCGGCCUGCUGCCCGCCAUCAAGCUGCUGGAGUCCGACCCGGGCAGCGUGCUGUUCUGCGUGCUGCCGCAGACGGCGCAGGGCGACUCGGCCAUGCACCACAUCCACACGGUGCUGCUGCAGGCCUUCUGCUACGAGAACGACAUCAACAUCAUCGAGGUGGACAGCGCCGAGCGCGUCAGCUCCAUGGUGGCGCCGGCGGGUAAGAAGCCGCGACCCAACCUGGACACGCGGUGCGUGCUCGUGUUGCAGCCGCAGGAGUCGCCGCCACAGCAACGCCUGAGCGACGCCGAGGAGGAGCUGGUUCGCUGGUGCGACGCGCAGCCGCAGCCCGCGGUCAUCAAGCUGCCCGCGCUGUGAGGGGCCGGCCGCAGUCUUCUCUAGCAAUCAGAGAAAAACUUGAAAGCCCUGGAAGGCAAAAAAAUUAUCUCUCUCUCUGCGGGAGCCUUUGGGCAUCGUCGCACUGGUGUCCAAUCCCUGGGGUCUCAUCGGACGGGGACAUGGUCACUCUCCCGUGUCAUCCUUGGGGCAUCCUUUCCUCGCACGCCCACGUGAUCCGGAUUGGCGGGUACGCAGUAAUGCCGCAAGCAUCCAACCUGCAUCGAGAAACACAGUCUCCAUCUACGCCGCAUUCAUCUUUCGCCGUGAGUUCCGUGAGCAACAUCAUUGCCUGGUCCAGCACCUGCAACGUCAUCAAAAUCAUCACCAAAGAACACUGUAAUGUGAUUGUACCAUGCUGUCUGGAAGCCGCUGGACAAGUUACAUAAAUUCUGGAACUGCUGAAAGCCGAGGUUCCAGCUGAGAAGUCAACCGUGUCCAUAUUCCAACUUCACAACGCUUGGAGAAACUACCACUGCUGUCCAAAGUUUGUGGAAUGUGAUGUUCCAGACAGCCUGAACGCAACCGCAUUGCCAUGUCUGGAUUCGUGACAGGCACAUGGAGGAGACUGCUGUUCCGAAAUUCACACGCUGGAUCUGCCACCGCUGACGAUUUCUGCGCUACCCGCCAGUGAUCACACGUGAUCUGGCUUGGCGGCUGCUGCGUUUGAAACGAGAGGGCCAAGCUUCAUCAGGUGGAAGGAUCACAGACGAUCCUCUGCUAGAAUCCCAUCCUUAAGUGGUCCACGCAUGUAGGACAUUUUGGCUGCGGUCAUCCUGGGUCACCGGAUCUCAACCGCAACAAUCGCAUUGAGUGGUUGUUGGCCGAGGUGCCGCAGGCGCUUGUGAAUCCCUCACUCGCUGCAAAAGUGUUUUUUUUAUUCUGUGACAUUGAACUCGUCACCAGCCGAGCACAUGGGGACAGAAGGCUUUGUAAACGAUGAACUGAAAAAGGGUGAUAUACGUUUUUCUAUGAGAUCAUUGUUGAGUACUUAGAGAUGUGAUAUUGUUUUGGUUUAUUGUUGUUGAUCGUAUAAAAGGAAUGCAUGAAGUAUGUAAAAGGAAAGAAAAAAAAUGUUGUGGUUGAAAAUAAGCAUUUGUUGUAUUCUGCUUUGCAGAAUAAAUAAAUAA